AAACACUUUUAAGUAACAUCUUGCCAAAGCUUCCAUUACCAGCUAACAGGUUGGCUACUGAUCUAGUCUCUGCAGUGGCUGAUCCCAUGACCACCCAAACCUCCUCGGCUUCGCCUCCUCCUUCGACCCCUCCACCGAAAUAUGAGGUGUUCCUGAGUUUUAGAGGUCUGGACACUCGAAAAGGUUUUACUGACUAUUUGUACAACGCCUUAAUGCAGAAAGGAAUCCACACUUUCAGAGAUGAUGAACAACUCGACAGUGGAGAACCCAUUUCAACGGCACUCUUGAAAGCAAUUGAAGAAUCGCAAAUUUCAGUCGUCAUUCUUUCAAAAAACUAUGCAACGUCCACAUGGUGUCUGGAUGAACUUGCCACUAUGGUUGAACUUGCAGCAAACAUCAAGUCCAGGCUGAUUUUGCCUGUCUUCUACGACGUGACGCCAUCCGAAGUACGAGAACAAACCGGAGAACAUUUUAAAGAGGUGUUUGCUCAACAUGAUAAAGAUUUCAAAGGCGAGCCAGGAAAGGUGACAAGGUGGAAGGAAUCUCUCACUGCAAUAGCCAACCUCUCAGGAUUUGAUUUAAGAGGUUACAGAUAUGCGAAAGAAGUCAUUACAAAGAUAGUUGAGCGUAUUUUUGCUGGAUUGAAUAACACAAUUCUCACAUUCUCAAAUGAUUUAAAGGACUUUAUUGGUAUGGAUCGUGUAAAUGAAAUUAAAGCCAAAAUGAGUUCGCGUUUAGGGUCGGAGGAAGUUUGUGUAGUAGGGAUUUGUGGGAUGACAGGGAUUGGUAAGACUACCAUUGCAAAGGCUCUAUCUCAAGGAAUUCGGAAUCAAUUCGAAGCUUUCAGUUUCAUUUCUAAGGUUGGAGAGAUAUCUAGAAAGGAAAGUUUAUUUCAUAUCCAAGAACAACUUUGUGAUCACUUGUUGAAUAAAAAAGUAACUACAAGGAAUGCCGAUGAUGUGAUAUGUAAGAGAUUGUGUGGCAAACGGGUGCUUAUAAUUCUUGACAAUGUGGAUGAAUUAGAACAAAUAGAAGCUGUAGCUGGAAAGAAUGAUGCAGAGUUAUCUAAUCGGUUUGGUAAAGGAAGUAGAAUCAUCAUAACCACAACAGAUGACAGGUUGUUGGUAAAUUAUAAGCCAAUGAUAUGCAGGAUUGAUAAACUUACUCAACAAGAAUCUCUUCUUCUCUUCUGCCGGAAAGCCUUCAAAAAAGACCAUCCAAUGGAUGGUUAUGAGAAGUUGUCUUAUAAAUUUGUAGAUUACAUUGAUGGUCUUCCUUUGGCUCUUGAAGUUCUCGGUAGCUCCUUAAGGGACAGAAGUGUAGAAUAUUGGUCGAGUAAAUUGGUUUCUUUAAAAGAUAAUAAGUACUCCAUUGAGAAGAAAAUUAUUGAUGUUCUUAAAGCAAGUUUUGAUGGAUUAGAGAAUCAAGAACAGCAGCAAAUAUUUUUGGACACUGCAUGUUUCUUCAAAGGUGAGAACGUAUGCCGUGUAGAAAAGAUAUUUGAAAGCUGUGGCUACUAUCCAGGCAUCAAUAUAAAUAUCCUUCGUGAGAAAUAUUUGAUAAGUAUCAAAGGAGGAAAACUAUGGAUGCAUGAUUUACUACAACAAAUGGGCAGAGAAAUUGUUCGUGGAGAAUCCAAAAAGGAAGGAGAACGCAGCAGAUUGUGGCUUCAUACAGACGCCCUUCCUGUACUGAAGAAAAAUAAGGGGACAGAUGCUGUUCAAGGUAUUUUCCUAAGCUCGCCUCAGCAGAAGUAUGUAGACUUGAAGAAAGACCCAUUUUUAAUGAUGGAUAGUCUAAGAUUGUUGAAGAUUUACAAUGUAAACUUUUCUGGAUGCCUUGAAUAUCUUUCAGAUGAGUUAAGCUUCUUGGAAUGGCACAAAUAUCCUUUAAAAUCUCUGCCCUCAAGUUUUGAACCCGAUAAACUUGUGGAACUGAACUUGUCUCAAAGCGAAAUAGAGCUAUUAUGGGAGGAAAUUGAGAGGUUGGUGAUGCUCAACCUUAGUGAUUGUGAAAAGUUGAUCAAGACCCCUGACUUCGACAAAGUCCCAAAUCUUGAGCACCUAAUCCUUAAAGGUUGUAUAAGCUUGUCUGAGGUUCCCGACAGUAUCAACUUGAGAUGUCUCACAAAUUUCAUUCUUUCGGGAUGUUCCAAACUCGAAAAGCUUCCAAAUAUUGGGGAAGACAUGCAACAAUUAAGGGAACUUCAUUUAGAUGGAACAGCUAUAGAAGAGCUACCAACAUCAAUCAAGCAUUUGAAUGGCCUUACUUUGCUCAAUCUCAGAGACUGCAAGAACCUAUUGAGUCUGCCAGACAUCAUUUGUACUAGUUUGACAGCACUUCAAAUUCUCAACCUCUUGGGGUGUUCCAAUCUUAAGGAGUUACCAGAGAACUUGGGGAGUUUAGAAAGUUUACAGGAGCUUGAUGCAAGUGGGACAGCUAUACGAGAGGUACCGACAUCAAUCAAACAUUUGACCGGCCUUAUCCUAUUCAAUCUCAAAGACUGCACCAACCUUUUGGUUCUUCCAGAUGUCCUUUGUACUAGUUUGACAUCACUUCAAAUUCUCAACCUCUCUGGGUGUUCAAAUCUUAACGAGUUACCAGAGAACUUGGGGAGUUUAGAUUUUUUACAGGAGCUUGAUGCUAGCGGGACGGCUAUAAGCCAAAUACCUGAAAGCAUCUCUGAACUUUCUCAGCUUGGAGAACUUUUCUUGGAUGAUUGUAGCAAGCUUCAAUCAUUGCCAAGACUUCCAUUAAGUAUAAGAGCUCUAAGUGCACAUAAUUGUCCUCUCCUGCAAUCAAAUAAAAUAACGGUGUGGCCUUCAGCUGCUGUCGGAUUAGGUUAUAUAAAUUGCCACAUUGAUAAAGACAAAGCUCAUGCAAUACCGGAUCAACAUCUUAUGUUGCCAUUCCAUCAAAUAUUCUUUGAGCUUCCAUUACCAGCUAACAGGUUGGCUACUGAUCUAGUAUCUGCAGUGGCUGAUCCCAUGACCGCCCAAACCUCCUCGGCUUUGCCUCCUCCUUCUACCCCUCCACCGAAAUAUGAGGUGUUCCUGAGUUUUAGAGGUCUGGAUACUCGAAAAGGUUUUACUGACUAUUUGUACAAAACCUUAAUUCAGAAUGGAAUCCACUCUUUCAGAGAUGAUGAGCAACUCGACAGUGGAGAACCCAUUUCAACAGCACUCUUGAAAGCAAUUGAAGAAUCGCAAAUUUCAGUCGUCAUUCUUUCAAAAAACUAUGCAACGUCCACAUGGUGUCUGGAUGAACUUGCCACCAUGGUUGAAAGUGCAGCAAACACCAAGUCCAGGCUGAUUUUGCCUGUCUUCUACGACGUGACGCCAUCCGAAGUACGAGAACAAACCGGAGAACAUUUUAAAGAGGCGUUUGCUCAACAUGAUAAAGAUUUCGAAGGCGAGCCAGGAAAGGUGACAAGGUGGAAGGAAUCUCUCACUGAAAUAGCCAACCUCUCAGGAUUUGAUGUAAGAGGUUUUAGAUACGAGACAAAUGUGACUGAAGAGAUAGUUAAACGGAUUUUGGGUAAACUGAAUACAUGUCACACAUUCUCAGAUGAUUUAAAGGAUUUUGUUGGUAUUAAUCGUGUACAUGAAAUUAAAUCCAACAUGGGUCCGUGUCUGGAAGAAGUUCGGGUAAUAGGGAUUUGUGGGAUGCCAGGGAUUGGUAAGAGUACCAUUGCAAAAGCUCUUUCUCAAAGUAUUCGCAAUCAAUUCGAAGCUUUCAGUUUCAUUUCUAAGAUUGGAGAGAUAUCUACAAAAGAAAGCUUAUCCCAUAUCAAAGAACAACUUUGUGAUCACUUGUUGAAUAACAAAGAAACUACAAAGAAUGUCGAUGAUGUGAUAUGUAAGAGAUUUCGCGGCAAACGGGUGCUUAUAAUUCUUGACAACGUGGAUGCGUUAGAACAAAUUAAAGCUGUAGCUGGAAGUGAUGAUGAAGAAUUAUCUAAUCGGUUUGGUCAGGGUAGCAGAAUCAUCAUAACCACAACAAAUGACAGGCUGUUGAUAGAUUAUAAUCCAGAAAUAUACAGGAUUGAGAAACUUACUCAAGAUGAAGCUCUUCUUCUCUUCUGCCGGAAAGCCUUCAAAAAAGACCAUCCUACGGAUGGUUUUGAGGACUUGUCUGAUGAAUUUGUAGAUUACAUUGAUGGUCUUCCUUUGGCUCUUGAAGUUUUGGGUUCCUCCUUAUGGAAAAGAAGUGUGGAAGAAUGGUCUAGUACAUUAGCUUCUUUAAAAGAUAAUAAUUAUUCUGGUGAAGAAAAAAUUAUUGAUAUUCUUAAAGUAAGUUUUGAUGGAUUAAAGAAUCCAGCACAGCAGGAAAUCUUUUUGGACACUGCAUGUUUCUUCAGAGGAGAGGAUGCAUGUCGUAUAAAAAAGAUAUUUGAAAGCUGUGGCUACCAUCCAGGAAGGAAUAUAAACAUCCUCUGUGAGAAAUAUUUAUUAAGCAUUGUUGGAGGAAAAUUGUGGAUGCAUGAUUUACUACAACAAAUGGGCAGAGAAAUUGUUCGGAGAGAAUCCAAAAAGCAAGGAGAACGCAGCAGAUUGUGGCAUCAUACAGAUGCGCUUCCUGUACUAAAGAAAAAUAAGGGGACAGAUGCUGUUAAAGGUAUUUUCCUAACCUUGCCUAAGCAACAGAAAGUGCACUUGAAGGAAGACCCAUUCUCAAACUUGGACAGUCUAAGAUUGUUGAAGAUUCACAAUGUGAAAUUUGCGGAAUGCCUUGAAUAUCUUUCGGAUGAGUUAAGGUUCUUGGAAUGGCACAAAUAUCCUUUAAAAUAUCUGCCUUCAAGUUUUGAACCCCAUAAACUUGUUGAACUGAACUUGUGCGAAAGCGAAAUAGAGCAAUUAUGGGAGGAAAUUGAAAGGCCUUUGGAAAAGUUGGUGAUACUCAACCUUAGUGAUUGUGAAAAGUUCAUCAAGGCCCCUGACUUUAACAAAGUCCCAAACCUUGAGCAGCUAAUCCUGAAAGGUUGUACAAGCUUGUCUGAGGUUCCCGUCAGUAUCAACUUGAGAUCUCUCACAGAUUUCAUUCUUUCGGGAUGUUCCAAACUCAGUAAGCUUCCAGAGAUUGGGGAAGACAUGAAACAAUUAAGGGAACUUCAUUUAGAUGGAACAGCUAUAGAAGAGCUACCAACAUCAAUCAAGCAUUUGAAUGGCCUUACUUUGCUCAAUCUCAGAGACUGCAAGAACCUGUUGAGUCUGCCAGACAUCAUUUGUACUAGUUUGACAGCACUUCAAAUUCUCAAUCUCUUGGGAUGUUCCAAUCUUAAUGAGUUACCAGAGAACUUGGGGAGUUUAGAAUGUUUACAGGAGCUCAAUGCAAGUGGGACAGCUAUACGAGAGCUACCGACAUCAAUCAGACAUUUGACCGGCCUUACCCUAUUCAAUCUCAAAGACUGCACCAACCUUUUGCUUCUUCCAGAUGUCCUUUGUACUAGUUUGACAUCACUUCAAAUUCUCAACCUCUCAGGGUGUUCGAAUCUUAACGAGUUACCAGAGAACUUGGGGAGUUUAGAUUUUUUACAGGAGCUUGAUGCUAGCGGGACGGCUAUAAGCCAAGUACCUGAAAGCAUCUCUGAAAUUUCUCAGCUUGGAGAACUUUUCUUGGAUGAUUGUAGCAAGCUUCAAUCAUUGCCAAGACUUCCAUUUAGUAUAAGAGCUGUAAGUGCACAUAAUUGUCCUCUCCUGCAAUCAAAUAAAAUAACGGUGUGGCCGUCAGCUGCUGCCGGAUUCAGUUAUAUAAAUUGCCACAGUGAUAAAGACAAAGCUCAUGCAAUUUGGUUACCGGAUCAACAUCUUAUGUUGCCAUUCUAUCAAAUAUUCUUUGAGCGCACAAUUCGUCACGGUGAUGGCUUGGAACUUGGUUAUCGAUCAAAUAAUAUUCCAGAAUGGUUGAGCCGUCAUAGUAUUGAAUCCACCAUAACAAUAUUGCUACCUCCUGAUUUAGAUGGGAAGAGGAAAUGGAUGGGACUUGCUCUUUGUUUUGUUUGCGUAGCAGCCCAGAAGCAUGAUAAUUUGGAAGAUGAACCACACGUUGAUGAGGAAUUUGGAGUAACGUUCAAUCGCAAUCACCGUAUUGAACUAUGUACAACUGAAGAUCCUCAUGAAUGUCCCCUAGUAAUUAAUUACCGUGAUUGCGAUCUAGCUGGACCUUUUAUACAUUGGUGCUAUAUACCACGACGUUGCUUUGCGGAAAGUUCGAAUACACGCUUCAUUUCAGCUUCAAUUAAACCUGAUAGCCCAGGCGUAAAGGUAACAAUGUGUGGGACGAGUCUAAUAUACUUGGCAGAUGUGCCUGAAUUUGUCCUGAAAUUGAAUAAACACCAAGAAUAUUGCUAUCACGGUAAUCAGAUUAAACAAGAAACUACUACUCCAAUCCGGAUUGUAGGUCAAUUGAGAAGAAACGUGGUGUCAUUGCUUGGAAAACUAUUUGAGGGAUUACAGCGGGGCCUUCCUUAUCGCUAUGAUUAUGGUUUUAUUUUUCCUCUACGAGAAAGAUUAGAGUGGUUUAGUGAACAAAGCAGUGCCAGUGCCCCUGGGUGCGAAGUAAACUUACCUCUUCCUCCAAAUCUGAACAACGAUGACAACUGGGCAGGACUUUCUCUAUACUUUGUCUGCACUCUGCCUCCAGGUGUUUCACGUACUCGCACUUUCUAUGCGUGUCAUUUGUAUGCACCUAUUGAAGGUGUGGGUUACCGACUGAUGCAUCGGCUAAUGUUAUGUUCCCCCUGGGAUGACAAUGCGGGGUCUCAUCGACUCCUCAUUAUUUAUAUACCACGAGUACGCUUUGCAGAACGAUUGAAUCGCUGUCGUUUCAUUCAUGCUUUUGUUCGAACUCCAGGUGUGGAAAUGUGUGGGAUGCGUCUCGUAUACAACCAAGAUUUGAAAGGCUUAAUCCAAACAAUUAGCCAUUGCACCACCGGUCAGUCUGCUUACUACGGAACUGGUGAUUUCACAGAUACCAAGAAAUAUAAGGGAAUUAGUUUGGGAGCUACGACUUUGCAAACGAAUCUGCUUCAAGCAGCCAACUCCAGCAAGCACAGCUCUGUGAGCGAUGUUUGUCCUCCUUUCCAGCCUAUAGAUUUCGGACCAAAAACUGAUUCUGCUGUGGGCUCUCAACAUGAAAGUAAAACAGUACCAGUUUCUCAGGAUGAAACAGAACAAGGAGAAGAUGGUGUGGGAAGUAUUUUCUCAGCAAGCGGUGUUCGAACUGAACAAGAAGUACAAGAACAAGAAUAUACCACUUCAACCAGAAUUGUGGAUCAAUUGAGAAGAAACCUGGUGUCAUUACUUGAAAAACUGUUUAAGGGAUUACAGGGGGGCCUUCCGCAUAUCUAUGAUUAUGGUUUUAUUUUUUGUGUACGAGAAAGAUUACAGUGGUUUAGUGAACAAAGCGCCGCUCCUGGGUGCACAGUAAACUUACCUCUUCCUCCGAAUCUGCACAAUGACGAGAACUGGGCAGGACUUUCGUUAUACGUUGUCUACACUCUACCUUCAGAUGUUGAACUUUCUCGCAUAGUCUAUGAGUGUCAUUUGUGUACACCUAUUGAAGCUGUGGGUCCUGAACAAAUGAUAAAUAGUUUGGAGUUACGAUCUCAUUGGGAUGACAAUGUGGGAUCACAUCGACUCCUCAUUAUUCAAUUACUUUAGUCAAUGUUAAUUCUAAGUAUUUUUCCAUGUUGAGUAUCUAUUACCAUGCUUAAUGCUUUGAAUGUUUGGCCAACAUUUAAUUGUUUUGAUGCUAAAUUGACGAUGGGAAUAUCC